GAAAGCGUGGAUAACGGAAAGCCCUUUUUGGAGGCGUUCAACGCGGACAUAAAUUUGGUGACUCAGUGCUAUCGGUACUACGCUGGGUGGGCUGGAAAGAACUUUGGGCAGACAUUUGAAAUGGGUAGUCAUUCGUGAAUAUCAAAGAUGGCAAGUUUAUGGGGAUGACUCGACACGAACCAGUGGGUGUGUGUGGGCAGAUCAUUCCGGUACAUUUCCCACAACAUUGUAGUGGAAUUUCCCAAUGUUAAUGCAGGCAUGGAAAUUGGGGCCUGCCUUGAGCAAUGGAUGCACUGUUGUCAUGAAAUUGGCCGAACAGACACCCCUUUCCGGACUGUUUGUGGCCGACCUAUUCCGACAGGCCGGACUGCCUCCCGGAGUCCUCAACGUCCUCACGGGAUAUGGGGAGACCGCCGGAGCUGCCAUCGCCGCCCAUCCCGACAUUGACAAAGUGGCCUUUACCGGGUCGAAUGAGGUCAUUUUAUAUUCCCCAUUUCAGGUCGGCCAAGUGGUCGUACAAGCAGCCAUGCAAAGCAACCUGAAAAGAGUGACCCUCGAAUUGGGGGGCAAGUCUCCGAAUAUUGUAUUUGCGGAUGCCAACUGUAAUGCAGUCAGUCUUAUGUCUAGUGGACCUAGCAGUGGCUCAAAGUCACGUGGGACUAUUCCUAAACCAAGGACAGUGUUGUUGUGCGGGGUCUCGUAUUUUUGUGGAGGACAAAAUCUACGACGAGUUUGUGGAAAGAAGCGUGGAAAUGGCCAGGAAACGGACAGUGGGGGACCCCUUUGACGAGGGGACAAAACAGGGGG